AUGAAUUCUUUUGUAUCUAUGCCUGACUCUCCGAAUCUCGGAGAUCUUUCAGAACUGAUGGACUCGAAGGUUCCGAAGGAAUCGAUUGUGCCGCAGUCCGUAGAUGAUAUGUUUGAUCUGGUUGCACCGUCACUACAGAUGCCUGUGGUGGCCCGUCUUGUACCAUUUAUUGUCAGUUCACACGAGUCGAUCCCUAUUCAUCAGGAUGACGGCGUUAUCGUACUUGGGCGUUCUAAGAAGUUACCGCCUAUUUAUUGCAUUGGCACGAGUGAAAAAGUUUCUUCUAAGCACUGUGAGAUUACUGUGAAUGUGGUUACCAUGGGGGUAACACUGAGAGACACAUCGACAAAUGGUACAUACGUCAAUGGGGAGAGGCUUCUGAGCGGUGUAGUGGUGCCUUUAAACCCUGGUGAUCUUGUUUCAUUUGCAAAACCACUCUCCGCUCCAGUUUCUGGGUUUAACUCUCAAGCAGCCGCAUCCGCUGCCGACUCUGUGGGGUUUAUCUUUCAGCGCAUCCGAGAGGAAACUACGGUUGACCACCUCUUGCGGGAGCUCACCUGUGAGAUAUGCCGCAGUGUAUACAUUCGGCCUUGUAGUGUGUUGCCAUGUAUGCAUGUUUUUUGUGCCUCUUGCAUUAGCCCGCGUCUGCGCCUCCACCAUCUUACUUGCGCACUGUGUCAUGUUCCCAUUGAGGAGGUUCAACUCACCCAAAAAGUUCAGAGCAGGGUAGAGCAACUACUGGCAGCUGAACCUAGCCACCGUCCCUCAGCCGAGGAAGUUGAGCGACGCGAAGGGCUCGACGAUAUUCCUUCUGCAGGCCGAGUGGUCCCAAGGACCUUUAAGCGGCAGCGAGAUGACAAGAAUGAACAUACCCAUUGGGAUCAUGAAAAAUGCUCCUCCGUUGGCCCAAGCGUCCCCGACAAUAGUGGUCCUGGGCGACUUAUCCAUCCAGGUGCCAUAUUUCUGGGCUCCUACGGACAUGCUACCGCCACAUUUGAUUCGUGCUGCCGGCACUGUCAGGUGCCCUCAGCUGUCGACGGCUUCCAAUGUGUGGAAGGGAGUUCUCACCUGAUUUGUCAGUCCUGCAGAACACGUUUUCCUGAGCGGCCACUGUGUGGUCGCCCUCAAAGGUGCUACCUGUGUAAGAUCCCUUUUUGCAACCUGUAUUACGGCGAUGAGGGUGGUUGUCCAGCUGUGAGGCUAUCAGUUGAUGACCAUAAUUUGUCAACUGGUCUAUGUUCUUUGUACACUCAUGUUUUUUCCGCUAUCCCUUCAAGAACAUUUGCUGGGAAUACCACAGAGCAGGCUAUAUUAAACUCAUACAUCUCAGAUCACAAUAUUUCUUUAUCAAUCCUUUGGGAUAAAUGCGUAAGCAAGCUUCGAGAUGGCAAGUGGAAGCUCGAUCUGACAAUACUUGACGGACCUAUCACGGUCGAUAUGCCCACGUGCUCACGUUGUGCGGAGGCCGUCUUUUCCUCACUUCUUUUUGCCUAUCGUAGAGCUAUUCCUUCUAAAGAGUUACCGGAUUCAGUGACUGAGCGCCCAAAUUGCUGGGAAGGCAUCAACUGCCGUCUACAGUUUCAAAAGAUUGAACAUGCGAAGGCUUAUAAUCAUGCAUGUUACCAAGUAAAACGAAAGGAAUAA